AUGUCCUCCCUAUUGGCCAUUCCAAAUGAGCUUCGGAAACUGGUGCUCCCAAAAGUCGAGAUGUCUUUAUUGUUGACGUUACUGAAAGUGAAUCGCUCUUUGCGGCAUUGGGUAUUACGAAACGGUCCACUUGGACAAAAACUCGAUAAAAUUUACAUUUAUCUUUCUUCAAAGACUCGGCAUUCACAAAUUGCUUGGGUUCGCUGUGAUUUCGCGCACUUUCGAUGGAAUUUGAGAGAACUAUUGAAGUAUCAUCACCUCUUGGAAAACAUUAUUUAUUGUGCUGAAUUGGACGUCUAUGAAGAGAAAGAGGAAUCUGAGAAGAAAACUUACAACAUCAAGAGCAUUCUCGAGAUUUUCCCCAAACUAAAAGGCACUGGUUUCUUGGAGUUGAAUCAAGUGAGGGUGGGGCCGGUGCGAAGGAUUUUCCCGAAAGAAUUCGAUGUGCUUGCAAAGACUACACUCCGAAUAAAAGUAGGAGAUUUGAUAGAUGAACUGAAUAACUUUUUUGAGAUCGUAACAAAAAACUGUCCUAGUUUUCAGAUUCGAAAUGCUGAAAAUUUUAUGAGUAGCCUAGCUAGAUCAAAGGCAAAAUACCUUGAGAUGGAGUCUUGGGCAGAAGAAAGCGAAGAGAUUUUGAAUUGGAUUCUCGAGAAUGGCUUUCCAAGUCAAAAAGCUGAAUCACUUUGUUAUUUGAAGAAUUUGAAUCUCAAUCGUUUUCAAAUUCAACGAGUGAUUUCUCUAUUCUCGGCCGAAAUCAAACUCGAAACGUCCUCUGUGACCCACGCUGAGAUUGUCGACUUCUUUUAUGAAAACCAAUCACAGAAAGAAGAGUCCCUCUAUAGUGAUCUCUUCACCAAAGUUGAUUUAUUUAAGAAAAUGAUCAAUUCGAAUGUCUACAUCUUCUUCUUCCUAAUGCUGAAGUCGCCUCGUUUCACCAACUGUACCCUCGAUAUUCUCAUCAGGAAAGUGAGCUUGAACUCGUUGAAUAACCGCUCUCGUAUUCCUAUUUGGUUAGACUCG